AGAGGUUGAAGGAAAUCAAGAUUCGCAGCUGGUACAUCAUCGGGGUCGCCUCAACCUUCCUGCUGAUGGCUUACAUAUCCUGCGCCCAAUUUAUGUCAUUUCCCUUGAUCGAGAAUACUGAGCAUUUGCCAUUGGCUUCAUGGUAUCCGUUCGAUCAUACCAAAAGUCCACUCUACGAGGUUUUGUACAUCUGGCAAUGGUUCAUGAACCAAGUGGUCAUCACCACAUUAAGCGGCUUCGACGUAUUUUUUAAUGCAAUCGUGAUGGUUUGUUCCACACAAUUCCAAGUCCUUCAAGACGUUUUGGAGAACUUGUGUUUGGGAAAAGGUAGAAAGCAAUGGGACUACAUGGAAAUUAAGAGCGAGAGUAGGAUUGUACACGAAAAUGAAGCUAUCGUCGUAUGCGUAAAGCAGCAUCUUAAGAUGAUUAGUGUUUGCGAAAUGGUUGAAUCAACCUUUGCUCAUAUUGUUUUCAUCCAGUUCAUUGUUAGCACUUUAGCAAUUUGCGUUUCCUGCGUAUCUUUGAUUGCAGAUCCAACUCAGUUUCAGCACAUGCUCUCGUAUUGCGUCGCGCAUUUGCUACAAUUCUUUAUUUAUUGUUCAGUGGGAAAUGAGUUAACGUUUCAGAGUGGAUUGGUGGCAGAAUCUGCCUACAAUUGCGACUGGGAACGGAAUACUAAUAACUUGUUCUUGAUGAGGAGUCUCGCUAUGAUCAUUCAAAGAGCGCAACGACCGGAAACACUCACAGUUGGAGGUCUAAUGCAGCUCAGUUUUGCUAAUUUUAUGGGGUCCAUUCAGCUCUCCUUCUCGUUCUACACUUUACUCAAUUCUUACGUGUAA